GUAGUUGUCUAUCAUCCUGAUCGACACAGACUGGGGUCGAGACCUGAGGGACACAGGGAGAAUCCUCCCUCUUUCACAUCGAGUAGGAGCGGCCCAGACAUUCCCGCGUUUUACUAAACUUUCCAUAUCGGUGUCCAAUCUUUUAUUCCCCCCCCCUUUCGAGUUUGUGCUACGGCGGUUCGGCGGCUACUGGAUUCGCACCGGUGAGGAGCCAACCUCUUUAUUUGGAGCGGGGUUGGACCCAGGCAGCGAUCCGACCCCUAGACUUCGGAACCUCCUCGGAGACAUCUGUGCAGAGAUUGGCAGUGUAAGUGCGGCAACUCCCGAAAAACUUUGCACUCGGUCGCCGCACUGUCUCGAAGCGGAGCUGGGGUCGGCUCAGACUCUUCCUUGCUCACAAGUUUGUGAGUCUGAUUCACUACAGCCUCUGGUCUGCGGACGUCUCGCCACCUAGACUCAAUUCAACAAAGAGCCAAAUGAAUUGGAAUCAGAUGGUCGCAAAAUCGGCGCCAGCUCCCGACAUCAGCUGCGGGCGAUGGUUCUGAAGUUCGUCUGAAAGUUUCUCUUUAGAAACCCCGGUCAGUUUUCUGGGGAUUUAAGAGCUUAAGUUUGCGAGUCCUCCAUCUCCGCUCCGGAGGCUGGAGCAGGCGAGAGAGAGUGGGCGUCAGGUUCGACUCCAAGUGCCGGUUGAAGACCAACUCUCCCCAUGGCGGGGGCGAAAGAGGACAGUGACUCGAUGACUCCGCUGCGUGACGAUGAGCGACCCCACGGCACGAAGAACCAGAUGGCCUCCUCUUCAGCUCCCAGAAAGUCACCGGUCAACUCGCCGAGACCGUCGCCGCGAAAUUCCCCUUUGCUCUUCCGCAAGUUGUUAAUGAACAGAAGCAUUCGUAUGCAGCGCCGCUUCACAGUGGCGCAAACCAGUUUCGAUGUGGAGAAUGGGCUCACGGCGGCACGCAGCCCUCUCGACCCUCAGACAAGCCCCAGCUCGGGGCUUGUGCUGCAGGCGAACUUUGCCCAUGGCCAGCGACGGGAGUCCUUCCUGUACCGUUCUGACAGCGACUACGAUAUCUCCCCGAAGAAUAUGUCCCGGAACUCCUCAAUCACUGGCGACAUAAGUAACUACUUCAAGGCUCACUCAAGACAAUCCUUGGUUUCACAAUGCUCAGAGCCUUUCCUUGCCCUGACUUUGGGAAACCAUGCAGAAGACAUGAUUGUGACUCCAUUUGCUCAGGUGCUGGCCAGUUUACGGACCGUGAGGCAUAAUUUUGCCACACUGACUAAUCUACAGGAUCAAGUGAAGAGCAAUUGGCGAUCGACAGGAUGCAGCCCAGGGGUCAUUCGGCCAAUCCCACUCGAGGAGAACUCCCACAAGCUGGCCAUCGAGACGCUGGAGGAGCUGGACUGGUGCUUGGAUCAGCUGGAGACCCUGCACACCAGGAAUUCCGUCAGUGAAAUGGCAUCCAACAAGUUUAAGAGAAUGCUGAACCGCGAAUUAACACAGCUAUCCGAAAUGAGCCGGUCAGGAAAUCAGGUCUCUGAGUUUAUAUCCAACACGUUUUUAGACAAACCACAUGAAAUGGAAGUGCCUCGGGGCAGGGAGAAGGAACUGGAGACCAUGGGACAAAUCAGCGGCUUGAAGCACAGCCUGAGCGUGAUCUCCUCUGCUGACAUCCCACGAUUCGGUGUGCAGACCAAACACGAAACUGAGCUGGAAUCGGAACUGGAACACCUCAAUGAUUGGGGUCUGAAUAUCUUUAAGAUUGGGGAGUAUUCCUAUGAUCGACCACUUACAGUUGCAAUGCACGCCAUCUUCAAGUCGCGGCAGCUGCUGAAGACAUUUAAGAUUCCUGAGGACACCUUCAUCACGUACAUGACGACUCUGGAGGACCAUUACCGUACGGAUGUGUACUACCACAACAAUUACCACGCUGCAGAUGUGACUCAGUCUACACAUGUCCUGCUUCUGUCACCGGCACUGGAGGCAGUUUUCACUGACCUUGAGAUAAUGGCUGCAAUUUUUGCCUCUGCAAUCCACGACGUCGACCAUCCAGGUGUCUCCAACCAAUUCCUCAUCAAUACCAAUUCCGAGUUAGCACUGAUGUAUAAUGAUGCCUCUGUUUUGGAGAACCAUCACCUGGCUGUGGGCUUUAAACUGUUGCAGCAAGAGAACUGCAACAUCUUUCAGAACCUGUGCAAGAAAGAGCUUCAGAACCUUCGCAAAAUGGCCAUUGACAUGGUGUUGGCAACAGACAUGACCAAGCACAUGAACCUAUUGGCAGACUUGAAGACAAUGGUGGAGACAAAGAAAGUUACAAGUUUAGGAGUCCUGUUGCUGGAUAAUUAUUCUGACCGGAUACAGGUUCUGCAGAACAUGGUGCACUGUGCCGACCUGAGCAACCCCACCAAGCCCCUGCACCUGUACCGCACCUGGGUGGACAAAAUCAUGAUGGAAUUCUACCGCCAGGGGGAUCAAGAGCGAGAGCGGGGCAUGGAUAUCAGCCCAAUGUGUGACAAACAUACUGCUUCCACUGAGAAAACCCAGGUUGGAUUCAUUGACUUCAUUGUCCAUCCUCUGUGGGAGUCCUGGGCCGAUUUGGUUUACCCCGACGCCAAGGAGAUAUUGGACAACCUGGAGGACAACCGUGACUGGUUCCAGAGUAUGAUCCCUCGCAGCCCGCCCUCGCCGGCCUCCGAGGCGGACAAGAGGGACGCCAAGCCCAGUCAGCUGCUGGUCGUGAUCGACAGCUUUAGCCCGCCGAGCGCCGAGUGCGACUUGUCAGAGGACAUGUGCAGCUGCAAUACCUCGGUGACUCCGGUCACCGAGUUGUCUGAGAGUCACCAGUCCGCGAGCGACACUUCCUCCGAAGCCGGCAAGAACCCGGACGACAAGCCGAGCAGCUGGACGGAGGACGGGCGGAAUGAGAGCAGCGAGCCGAAUCUUCUGGCGGGACCCAGCCGCCUCCCUGAGGAGGUGUUACCGGCAGAGGAGAACCAGACCAGAACCUCCGAUAACGGAGCUGAGCAGGACAGUGCAAAUGUGUCAGAGGCUACAUAACGCGGACUCCGCCGGAGUCACAUACCCAACUCUUUUUAUUUUCUGGUCUUGGGAUCUCACGGAUCACCCGCUGUUUUAAACAUCAAGCAGGUAGGGCUUCGGAGGCAGGACCCCUGGUGUGGGGGAAGGGAGGGGAUAUUUCUGGGGCUCAAGGAUUUGGCCAGAGACAACCUCUACCGAGAGCAACUGGACAAUGAAAACAGGCCGUGUGGCGAGUUUUCCCUCUCCGGGCCAGGAGAGGGUUAAGAUUUUAAAAAAGAAAGUUGCACCCAUCCUAUCGCUGGCGAGCGAGGGUGCGGACAGAGCGAGCAGAACAUCCUGCGAAACGAAGGAGGGGGGAAAGGGGGAGCAUUCGCGCCUUUCCGUUUUCAUUGUAAAGUAUUCGCCGCAAAACAAAAUGAGGUAAAGGAGCUCAUACCCUGCAGCGGAACGGAGCAAGAGGACUGCCGCUCGAACUGCAAGGUGUUAACUCGAUGAGUCGAGACACAGGCAAACACUGGGCGGACUUAAAGAUAUCAGAUGCCUUUUUAGACGAAUUGUCAGCAGUUAGCAGCGAAACUGGACCUUUAUUCAGAUGCAGAAAAAAAGUUUAAAAGGUUUCAAUUAUCUUUUUUUUAAAAGAACGCGUGAUCUGUAUUUUUGUUAAAUGAAUAUUUUUAGAUUUUUUACACAAUUUUCCUUUAUGUGAACUGUGAUCUGGACUGUAUUGACUGUUGCCCUUAUACGUGGAGGUGCGAUUUCUGUUGGUCCGCGGUCUGAUGGUGUGCGUAAAUUUAUCCGCGUUUAGUACAGAUGUGACUGUUCGUGUUUGUGUGUGUAUGUCGUUCGGUCUCCGUUAAACUGUUCGACCGUCUAUGCACGAGAGAAAGAGCCAAACUAUGUUUGUGUGUGUGCGUGGGUGUCUUGUCACUGUGUGUGAGAGAGGACGACGAGGAAAGUGUGCGUGUAUUCUCUUUGCUCUCGCGGUCUCGGGGAUUGAAAGUGACAUCGAGCGUGGUCUUCUGAACCGCCGGAGGAAGGGUGGUGGAGGUGACGCCAGCGGGACUGGGUGAAUGGGUGUGGGGUGUGAGGGAGACGGGAAAGGAAGGGUUCCGGGAGGGGAGGGUGACACGCCGACACCAUCCCGAUACAGUAGUUCGUAAAGUGAUCCAUUCGAGCGCGAAAACUCGCUGCCCAUUGGCAUCGAGAUAAACUUGCGGGGUAAGAACUUGUCUCGCUGUCAGUUGUAAAAUGGGCUUCGGUGGAUAUCUGUGCCCAUCCCCUCGAGUAAAGUUCUCUGCUGGGGGCUAAGGAUGCGCACGAAAAGGACCACAGGCUAAAGGAGGAACGUUCUGCCGAGGAUGAAAUGCCAGUGUGCCCAUAUGGGUCUGCAGGGGAGAAUUUAAAUCAAAAAUAUAACGGAGAGGUGUCCCUUUGCUCCAUGUUGGUAUCUCUGCUUCAUACUGGUCCCGUCCCAUCCCACCCAGCACUCUGAAACAUCCUCUCUCAAUCUUUCCUUCCUCCUGCGUUUAUCCAGCUUCCCGUGAAACCUUUCUCAGCUCUUUUAUGCAUCUCGGUGUGUGGGAAUCUCAACCGCUCAGUCUCUCCGGAAUUCCCGCCUGCAUUUAUGGGCGACCCUAUGAGGUCAAUGGACUUAGGUGCCGCUUAUGAAUGCAAGCUUUUCAAUAAUAUUGAGACAGAAGAGACUGUAGAUACUGCAAUCUGGAGCAACAAAAAGAUGCCGAGGGGACUCAUUAGUAACGAGAGAUACCGCAGACGCCGGAAAUCCAGAAUAAAACACAAAAUGCUGGAGGAACUUGGUGGGG